CUUCUAACAAACAUGGCAGUCAGACUGUGCGACGUGGCUUCUCUGCUCAGAAGUGGUUCGUGGGCGGCAGAGCCUUGGACUGGGCAGGUAAUUGCUGCCAUGGAAACCCAGCUGUCCAAUCGGCUCACUUGCAACAACACGAGCAAUGGUCCCUCAACAAUCUCACACAACUGCUCCUCUCCGGUAGAGUCAGGGAGCAUAGAGGACAGUAAAACUAACUUGAUAGUUAACUACUUGCCUCAGAACAUGACCCAAGAAGAGCUCAAGAGUUUGUUUGGGAGCAUCGGGGAAAUCGAGUCCUGUAAAUUAGUUAGAGACAAAAUAACAGGGCAGAGCCUAGGUUAUGGAUUUGUGAAUUACAUGGACCCAAAAGAUGCAGAAAAAGCCAUCAACACCUUAAAUGGCCUGAGACUUCAGACCAAAACCAUUAAGGUUUCCUAUGCUCGUCCUAGCUCAGCCUCCAUUAGAGAUGCAAAUUUGUACGUCAGUGGCUUGCCAAAAACCAUGACUCAGAAAGAACUGGAGCAGCUCUUUUCGCAGUACGGACACAUCAUUACCUCGCGCAUUCUGGUGGACCAGGUGACCGGUGUCUCCAGAGGAGUGGGUUUUAUCAGGUUUGACCGGCGAAUCGAAGCGGAACAAGCCAUCAAGUGCCUGAACGGUGAAAAGCCGCCAGGCGCCACAGAGCCCAUCAUGGUGAAGUUUGCCAACAACCCCAGCCAGAAGACCAGCCAGGCACUACUCUCCCAGCUGUACCAGUCGCCCAAUCGAAGGUACCCUGGACCCCUUGCACAGCAGGCACAGCGCUUCAGGUUGGACAAUCUGUUAAACAUGGCAUACGGAGGAGUCAAGAGCAGGUUCUCCACCAUGGCCAUCGAUGGGGUGACCAGCCUGGCUGGCAUCAACAUCCCGGGGCAUGCGGGCACCAGCUGGUGCAUCUUCGUCUACAAUCUGGCUCCAGAUGCAGACGAGGGCAUCCUGUGGCAGACGUUUGGACCAUUUGGCGCUGUCACAAAUGUUAAGGUCAUCCGCGACUUCAACACAAAUAAGUGCAAAGGGUUCGGAUUUGUCACAAUGACUAACUAUGACGAGGCAGCCAUGGCCAUCGCCAGCUUGAACGGAUACCGCCUCGGGGACAGAGUUCUGCAAGUCUCGUUCAAAACCAACAAAACGCACAAAGCCUAAUCUCCAUUUCAGAUUGUUUAUAGAAAAUGGAAAAACAUUCAAUGGAAACCUACUGACCAUAAACUUUCUACAUUAGUAAAAACAUCUAUGUAAAUCAGUGUUACGUAAGGAAACUAUAUUUAGCGUCCAAUGUUUUCUUUUUCUUUCAUUACUAGGCUUAGCAACUUCUUAAAAUGCUUUGCUUUGAACUUUGCGUGUAAUGUAGCAUUUCAAUUCAUGUCUUUAAAGAUAGACCAUUUAAAAUGAUACUAAACUUUUUUGUUGUUUUGUUGCACAUCUGCUUUGAACCAGUAAGUCAAAGGCUUUGUGUAGUGAUUUAUUUUGUAUCUUUCUGUGUCCUGAUUUGCCUUAGGUGCGUUUGCGACUUAAUUGGUUAACCAAGUAAUUAUUUUGGAUUAUUCAUAGUUUUCCUUAAUUUUUWGUAUUUGUUUAUCGUAAUAUGAGUUGGUUAUUGGUUGGCUGCAUAAUGUUGCUUAUUGUAUGGAAUGUAUGGGGAAAAAAAGAAUAACCUAACGCAGUAACUUGCCAAAGAGCUAAGAACCUCUCUGAUGUGGGUUUAAAAAGCAUCUAUUUUUAUAUAAAUUCAAAUUUGGAGAAACUUUUUACUGGACCUGGAACAAAUAUUUUGACUUGGAUACUAAGUAGAUAUAUCUUCAUAUGACACCUUGUGAGCUUUUGAACUUUACCAGAACGUGUAUGAUGUAUGAGAUGUAUGAUGUAAAAGAUACCUUUUGAGAUAUUUGUAAUAUCUUUCGAUUUUAGAAUCAAUGGUAGUGCUGGUUUCAUUUGUAAAAUAUGUGGGUUAUCCUAUCAUCCUGGUUGUGAUGACUAGAAACUCACAUUCAGAUUUGAUUUGGAGACACAGACAGAAAAAUGCAAAGGUUUAUUCGCAAAAGUGCAUGCCAAAUGAUAAAAUGGAAAUAUCUUAAAAAGGUUAAAGGAGGAUAAAUAUCACUUCUUCCUAAAUGAUUCCCUUCAGACAGAGCUCUUGGUGUUUUGUGGUGUACUUACUAUAUCAUUAAAGACUCAUUUUGUCUAUAUAUUAAACAAAUAAGGGUUUUACCUGGUUUGUAUGAAAAGGAGUGGACAAGCCGACAAAGGCAGCAUCUAAAGAAAACUAGUUUGAAUGAAGAAUGGAAAGGAUUUACUCCUGAGUUCACAGCUAUGUAAAUAAGUCAUUUUUUAUGUUGAGUAUUUGGCUAUCUUAUUUUGUUUAUUUUAUGGGACUUUAUGGGGAAGUGCUUUUUUAAUUUAUGAGUACGUAUAGUAUGAUUUGUAUUUUCGAUAUUGCCUUUGAUUUCAGUUUGACUCAAAGUUGUUACAUUCAGUUGAAAUAAUUUAUUUGUUGUCCUAUGGACUAGCAUUACAGUGUAAGAUUCAUUGGUGGUUUGGUCUUUAGAUAGUCUUGCUUCUUCUAUUUAGAAAACUACAGACAUUUC